CGGGGGGAGUCCCCGAGCGGCGGCCAUGGCGAGCCCCGCGCGGUACCUGCCCGGACCCGCCCCGUGCCUCCCGCAGUCGCCGCCCGAGAGGCCGCUGCAGGUGAAGGUGGUGGGACUCUUCAAAAGCUCCAGCUUUCAGAUUGCGAAGAGCACAGCUGAGAGUCUGAAGAAUACACACCCAUCCAAAUUCGAAGAUCCUAUAAUAGUUCCUCUUCAAGAAUUUGCAUGGGAUCAAUAUCUACAGGAGAAAAAAAGGGAACUCAAGGGUGAAACCUGGGAAUAUUCUUCCUAUGUGAUGUGUUUUAUUAAUGAUCAGCUCCUGGGUAAUGCACUUGACCUGCAGCGAUGGGCCCACAAGAAGUGGGAUCUGGUUGAUUUUAAGCCCCCUGCACUUUAUGAGGCUCUUACUGUGGAUUAUUCUAGUAAAUUCUUAAGAGACACCAAGCAUGAUUUUGUGUUCUUGGACAUUAGUAUUGGUUUUCAUCCAAUUGGAAGAUUGAUUUUUGAGCUAUACUGUGAUGCAUGUCCCAAAACAUGUAAAAAUUUUCAGUUCUUGUGCACAGGAAAAGCAGGGUUUUCUGCACGUGGCAUAAGGCUACAUUAUAAAGGUUCAAUUUUUCAUCGAAUAGUACGGAAUGGUUGGAUACAAGGAGGAGAUAUAGAAGCUGGAAAAGGAGAUGGUGGAGAGUCAAUUUUUGGAGCAACAUUUGAAGAUGAAAACUUUUCAAUUCCUCAUAAUAAAAGGGGAAUUCUUGGAAUGGUCAACAAAGGCCGCCACAGCAAUGGGUCACAAUUCUACAUCACACUACAACCAGCUCCCUACCUAGAUAGAAAAUACGUGGCUUUUGGGCAACUGAUUGAAGGAACAGAAGUUCUUAAACAACUAGAAUUAAUUCCAACAGAGAAUGAAAGACCAGUACAAAAAUGUUUAAUUUUUGACAGUGGAGAUCUUUUUGCCUGAUUUUCAUACCAAUGGUUUUACUCUAAUUUAUCACCAUGUAUCUGAUCAGCUAUUUCUAGAUUUAAUUAAACAAUGCUUGGUAAAAUUUAACUUGAAAGCUCUGGCAGACACUGUAGGUCCCUCUCCAGUUUCCUUUCCCAACUCUACCACGGAGACUGUAAAAGCAAAAUACUCAGCUUUCCCAGCCUCCUUUGUGGCCAGGAAUGGCCAUGGGAUUCUAUUCUGACAAGUGAGGCAGGAACAGAACACCUGUGGCCCUGCCGCUUUCCCUUCUGUGCAGAGAGGCUGGCAUGGCAGUCGUCACCAUGAGGCCGUGAGGAAAAUGCCAAGAGAACUGCAGAGGUGGCAGCCCCGACCUCUUGAGCUGUGGAGCCAAUAUCAGCAACUACCUACAUCUGGACUUCUUAGGUGUGAGAAAAAAUAGACCCCUAUUUGUUUAUGUUACCAUUACUUGUAUCCCCCAAACAUCCUUAACUCUCAGAAGGGUACCUAUUGGUCUUUGAAUCCUAAAAUGUUCAACAUAAGAGAAUUAGCUUGUCAUUUGUAAUUAUAUUGCUAUCAUGAGAAACUUGGUAAAUAACCAAAUAAGAUGCAGUAGAAAACAAUAAUUUAUUGAUAUUUCAUUGUUUAUACACAGCAUUAAGAACAAGGCAUACAUUUGGGAUGUUUUAUGUGACAUGAAUCUAGUGCUUGUCUCUUUGAGCCAUGCCAACCACAUGAAAAUGAAGGGCUUGGUGGGUGACAGCAGUGAUGUUACUGGAGAUCCAGCUUUAUCUGCUCACUGCUCCUUGAUCUGAGGUACCCAAACUCAUGCCACCAGGGGAGCUUUUCAACACUGAUUGCUGGGCCCUGUCCCUUACCAACUGUGCCGGUUUGAGUGUAUUGUGUCCCCCAAAUGCCAUUAUCUUUGUGGUCUUGUGUGGGGCAGAAAUUUUGGUGCUGGUUAGAUUUGCUUGGAAUGUGCCCCACCCAGCUGGGAGUAAUGAU